AUGAUAUCAUCAACACCAUCCGUAAAUAUUCAAACCCCUUCGUUCACAAAUUUACCUGCAGCCCAAAUAUCUCAAAUCUCCCAAGAAUCAUCAACAUCAUCGUUCGUAAACAUUACUACUGAUGCAUUUUCUCAUACAUCAGCGGGGCUUUCAAAUUUUAUUAUUGAAAAUGAUGAAGUGACAAAUACUUGCUUAGAAAUAAAAUUGGUUGAACCAGUUAUAUUUUUUAGCAAACCUGAAGAAUCCGUAGGUUGUAUCUUAAGAGGUGAUCUGAUUUUAUAUUUAUCUAAACCUACAAGAAUUCGAAAAUUGGAAAUGAAUUUUGUUGGAACAGCUGAAGCUGCAUAUAAUCAAGACCGAAAAAAAUUCAAAAGUGAAAUUAUUUCUCAUAAAUGGAAAUUUAUAAUUCCACAAGAAGAACAAGAUCAAAAACGAAAUAAAUUUCUAAGAAAUCCAUUUCGAAAAAGUACAACAACAAAGUUACCCGCUGGCAUUCAUACAUUUGCAUUCGAAAAGUUUCUUCCAGGAAAUCUUCCAGAAACCAUAAAUACUGAUUUAGGAACCAUCUCAUACGCAUUAUAUGCAAAAGCUUCAAGGUCAAAAUUCUUACCAAAAUUACGAUUACAUCAACCAAUUGAAAUUUUACGUACUAUUCCUGAUCAUAUAAAUUCACAAGGAAUAGCUGUAGCUAGAGAAUUUAAUGAUAUGUUAUCAUACGAAAUUUCAAUUCCAAAAAAAGCCUACCCAUUAGGACAAUCAAUUCCAAUCGAUAUGAAAAUUUGCCCUUACAUAAAAAAACUUCAAGUAAAAGGUGUAAAAGUUGAUUUAGUAGAAAAAACAACUUGUACCUCUCCAUUAAAGCCAAAGAUUACCGAUGUUCGAAUUGGAUCAACUCAAGUUUUGAAUAAAUUUGGUGAAAAUCGUUUAAUCGAAGAUCAUGAAGAAGGUGACGUGGGAAAUGUUGUUUAUCAACAAACCCUGAAUUUAGAUUUACCAAGAUGUGCUGCUCCACUUCAUUAUUCUUGCAAUACUCCAUUAAUUAGUAUUGCUCAUGAUUUAAAAUUCGCUUUUAAUUUAUCUUUACCUCAAGAUCCACCUAAAAAAGCUGAACUUAAGAUUAGUUUACCAAUAACUAUAUUAUCCUGUAGAGCUGUAGAUGACUAUGUAAUAUUACCAAGUUACGAAGAUGAUAGUUAUUAUUGUCCUUGCGAUCCAGAAUAUAUGAGAAUGGCAAGGUUGGUACUAGGUGAAGAUAUUGGAUGCCGAUUAGAAAGUAAAUGUAAACUUAGUGAACAUAAUCACAAGCAUUUUCUAAAUGUGCCUGGAAGAAGUUAUGAUCCACCUAGUUAUGAAGCCUCUAUUGCGGAAAGUUUUGAUUCUAGGGGGAAUUUUGUUUAUUAA